AUGUCGAGCUCUCUCCAAGACACUUUACCAUGCCAAGAUGAUUCGAAUAAUCUUCGUUUUCCCCAACGCGCCAGCGGCGAAAGCACGUCUACCAUCGCAGACGACAAGGUCGAGGAUAAGACUGAUGACGAAGGGUACGAUUGGGAACUUGACCCUGUCAACCCCAGGAAUUGGUCUUCCACAAACAAAUGGAUAACGCUCACAAUCACCUCGCUGUACACGUUUGCCUCGCCGUUAGCGAGUUCUAUUCUGGCACCUGGUUUGCCUGUUUUAGCCAUAAAAUUUGGCAUAACCGAUCCAACAGUCUUAGCGUUGACUCUAAGUAUCUUCCUUCUGUCGUCUGCCAUUGGUCCUUUAUUUGCGGGACCCUUGUCGGAAGUUUAUGGUCGUGUACGGGUGCUCCACCUAGGGAACCUAUUCUUUCUCGCAUUUAAUCUCGGGUGCGCUUUAUCACCAAACACUGCAUCUUUCAUUGUUUUCCGGUUUCUGGCUGGAUUGGCGGGGAGUGCACCUAUAGCAUGCGGCGGAGGUGUCGUGAGCGACCUCUUCGCGGAACGCGAGCGCGCCUCGGCUAUGGCACUAUACAGCCUUGGGCCUUUGAUAGGCCCUGCUAUCGGUCCUGUCAUGGGAGGUUUUAUCGCAGAAUCAGUCGGUAUACAGUAUGUUUUCUAUGUCGUCGCCGCGAUCUCUGGUGUUGCCGCAAUCCUUGGCCUCCCUCUCUUGAGAGAAAGCUAUGCACCAGUUAUCAGGCUUCGUCUCAAUAGCAUGGCGCCGGACCCCGAAAAAACAACCGCGGGACACCCCGCCCUCACUGCACCCCAAAUGGACAAGUGGGCCUACUUGUGGACUAACCUCAAGCGACCGGCCAUUCUGUUGACCCGGAGUUUCGUAUGCUUCAUUUUGAGCUUGUAUAUGUCUCUCACUACAUGGACCAUUAUUAACGACUUUUGUUCAGAACUCUUCUCGAAGGUGUACCACUUCAGUAUUGGAAUUGGAGGUCUGGCGUACAUUGGCCUUGGUCUUGGAUUCGUGGGUGCCUCCGUGUUCGGCGCCAGACUUUCCGACAAGGUGUACAGAUACCUUGCUGCCAAAAAUGGAGGCAAGGGUAAACCAGAGAUGCGCGUGCCUGUUCUGAUAUUCGGCUCGUUUUUUGUCCCAGUGGGACUAUUUUGGUACGGCUGGUCUGCCCAAGCCGAGGUCCACUACAUGAUGCCUAUCAUUGGUACCACUCUUUUUGGAUUCGGAUUAAUGACAAGUUUUAUCGCCAUGCAACUGUAUCUCGUGGAUACAUUUACCUAUGCUGCAAGUGCUGUCUCAGCCGCUUCCACAUUCCGUUCACUUCUCGGGUUCGCAUUCCCUCUUUUUGGACAACAGAUGUUUGAUAAACUCGGCUAUGGUGGAGGCAAUUCCCUGCUUGCAGGUCUUGCCAUCGUUAUUGGUAUACCCUUCCCCAUCUGGAUAUAUUACGCCGGCGAACGUAUCCGCGCGAAGAGUCCCUUGUCCCGUUGAUUUCCCCCUCCGCGCUGAAUUUUCCCUUCCGCCAAGGCCUCCUCAUGAUUAUGAAGCAUGAUGAUUUAACCCUUACAGAACCACGACAGCGCCGCGCGCAUAAUGAUUGCAUACCAUCGAACACACGUUCAGGGUAGUGUUCUUCGUCCGACUCAUUGAUGGGUACUUGGAAUAUGAUCGUGACCACACCAUAAUAUCUUUAUCAUGCUGAAUUGUCAAUAAAUAUUACCUUGCUUGCAAGGUUUCGAAAUUUCUUGCUACUAUGAAACUUUGCGU